AUGGACCGUUUCAUCACCAAGAUUAAGCCCUCUGAUGCCCGCCGAUCAACUUCGUCAGGUAACCAGCCUGCGGAGGCCGCUGCAAGCGAGCAGCCCCCCACAAAGAAAGUGAAGAGGGAGCAGACUCAGGACAGCGGUGAGGACUCGGAUCAAGACCGACUGGGCAUCUUCUCGCUGAAGCCACUGCCUAAGGGUAUACGUAGAGAAGAUACUACAGCUUCUGGAUUCGAUGACGGCACGCCAGAAGGGUCUGACGCUGAGGAUACACAUCAACCUCGCCCGACUGCUAUUGAGAGCUCUCUGCCCGAAGUCAAGCCAGACAAAGAAGCUCUCGAAGAGUAUGCUACUUUCAAGGCAUCACAAGAGGACAAUGCAGACACUGCUACAGCAAGGCUUGAUUCGAGGAAGUGGGUGAGAGGCAAGAGCUCUCUCUAUGUCGAUGCCUUCAACCUAGCUCUUGGUACUGUGCUCGAUGAGGAAUCCCACCUGUUCGACGAGAAAGAAAGAGCCAUUUUCGACCAGUGGAAUCAUCUCGAUUAUGAAGCUCAAUUCUUAUAUGUGCGCCUGUUUCUAAGGAAGACAUCUUCAUGGCAUCGAAUUGCUCGUCUGGGUUACCACAAUGACAUAACCGAUAUAGAGGCCGCCGUCAAAGAACUACAAGAGAGUCGGGAUUUACCAACCACGUCUUCCCCACCGCGUUCAGACCAAGAGUUUCCGGAACCUGGGCUUGACACGUUCAUUCAAGAACAGUGUGUGUUUGAGGAUACUUUCACCUUCGCAGAUGCCUCGGAAAACUUUAUCGACAGUGUAGAGGAGGCUGUGUCACUCUUAAGCCUCGAUGAGCUCAAAGUGCUGGCCAAAGAUGCUAAGGUCCAGGGCAAGAACAAGGCAGGUCUUGCAAAGGCCAUCUGCAAAAUGAGCAGUCAGCAAGCUGGGCUCUUCUCCUUGGGGCUUCAGAGGUCUGAUACGAACGGCUCUAUCGACUCCCCCGGGAAGGGUACUCCUGAAGUGGAGUCACCUGGUCCAGGUACCGGAGAGGAUUCAAACAGAAGAAAGCAUUUUCUCGACAGGAUCCUGGCCAUCACUGGCCCUAGCACCAGGCUCUCCCUGCCUGUCUUCAGACUGUUCGAGAGGGUCCACCUUGUCUUCUACAGGUCUACGGAGUGGACAGAGAAAUCUCUGACCACAAUUAUCCUUGCUAAGAUCUCACGGCGCAACUUUCCUCAGUAUAUCGUUAGCAGGUCGGCCAACAUUUUUGCUUCGAGGCAACAGCUGUUGGAGUUCGAGACUGCGAUGAGGUCGGAAUUUGCCGUGGACAACAUUCUCGAGUUCAACGGCCCUGCCACAGAGGCAGGUUUCCGAAAGGUUACGGACGCGUUUGAGCAGAUAUAUCCAAGGUGGCAGACCUUACUCCAGGAAGAACGAGAGAAAGAGGAGAGGAUCUACGAAUCCGGAGAGGGGGCGUAUCUGAGACGGCUGAAUCCAGCACACUCAUACACCCGGAUCCUCCACAAGGCUGCUUGUGUCUUCGGUCGGCUGAAGGAGCAUCAGCGGGAACACAGCUUGUUGACCGAAUUGCUUGACCAGCGGCUUUUCCACCUAGCGCGUCGAGGAUCAUGGUAUCAACGCAAGGCCCUUCUCGAAGAACACUAUAUGCAUGCGCUAGAACCAGAUCCUGCUUACAGUAACGUGGAGACGCAGAAGAUGCACUGGAAACAGAUUGCAGUGACUACCUGCGAGACCGCAUUAGAGGACCGCGAUUGUCACCUGAUCUAUCACUAUGACAUACAGAAACGUCUCGUGAAACUCGAGAAGCAGCUCAAAAUCCCAAAACGCCUACAGCAUGACUUCGGCCAUGUGCGAUUGAAGAAGCCAGAAGAGCACUAUGCCGAAGGCAUCCAGCUGAAGAAAGACGACAUUGUGGGGAAGAAAGGACGAGGGCCUAGUACCAGGACGAUAUGGGUCGACGAGGCAGAAGGAGGUGGUGAAUGCAGUGUCGAAGCCAUGUGUCUGAGUUGGUACAGAGGUCAGGGGUGGAAAGGAUACCAUGCCGAGGGCGGCAUCAUACGCACGCUCUUCGCCUAUCUCUUCUUCGACAUUCUCUUCCUCUACAUACCCAACGUCUUUCAGACAGCUUACCAGGUGUGCCCCCUAGAUCUGCACACGGAUGCCUUCUACCCCACCCGGGCAUCUGAAAUCAACCAUCGCCUCGUCGAGAUCGCCAACGGCGGUGCGGCAAAGCUCAUCGAGGAAGUCGACCAUCGGGAGCGAGAGAAUCGGACCUGCGCCGUCGGCCUCAACUGGGACUACGAGCUGGAAGAUCUGCUCGAGCUGUCCAACAGCUUCGAUGGAGCGGCGCUCGCUGCAGUGUGCAAAGUCAUGGCGCAGGAGUACGGACAAAGAGGAGGCGGUAUACCCGACCUGAUACUGUGGAGGACGGAGCCGACCAAGGAGUGCAUGUUCUCCGAGGUCAAGAGCGCGAAUGAUCGGCUGAGCGAUACGCAGCGACUCUGGAUCCAUGUUCUCACGGGAGCAGGUGUCAAGGUUGCGUUGUGUAACGCCGUAGCGAAGGAGGUCCGAGAAGUCUAG